UCCAGAUUUUACUUAUGUUUUAUAGGGUCCACUGUGAGAACCUUCACUCCGUUUUAUUUUCUGGUGGAGCCAAUGGACACGUUAUCAGUUCGAGGGGCUUUUAUCAUACUGAACUGUUCAGCUUACUGUGAGCCUUCUCCAAAAAUUGAAUGGAAGAAAGAUGGGACUUUCCUAAAUUUGGUGUCAGAUGACCGGCGCCAGCUGCUACCAGAUGGAUCUUUAUUAAUAAACAGUGUGGUGCAUUCCAAACACAAUAAACCUGACGAAGGAUAUUAUCAGUGUGUGGCAACCGUGGAAAGCCUUGGGACCAUUGUAAGCAGAACAGCAAAGCUUACAGUAGCAGGACUUCCAAGGUUCACUAGCCAGCCAGAAUCAACAUCUGUCUAUAGAGGAAACAGCGUAAUUCUGAACUGCGAGGUUAAUGCUGAUCUGGUACCAUUUGUGAGGUGGGAGCAGGAUCGUCAACCACUCUUUUUGGAUGACCGUGUAUUCACAUUACCAAGUGGAGCUCUAAUCAUUAGCAAUGUUACAGAUGGGGAUGGCGGACUCUAUCGCUGUGUCAUUGAAAGUGGUGGGUCGCCCAAAUACAGUGAUGAAGCAGAGCUUAAAGUUCUUCCAGGUACUAAUCUAUUUUUUAAAAUAUUUUUCCCCAUCAGUCUAUCCAUUGUGUGUUAUCUCCUUUAAUGAUAAGAUGAAAGG